UCUCACUCUCUUUAUCCUCCAUUAUCUACCUCCUCAACAAUAACAAACUGAACGACCCUCACGUGUACCCUUACGAAGCACCUUAAUCUACAUUUAAGAAUACCAAUAGACACGAAAUACCCAGAGACACGGGAAAAGAACUUUACGAGAGACAAAAAAAAUGUCGGACGAUGACUUCAUGCAAGAUUCUGGCGACGAAGAGUACGACUUCGAAUACGAAGAUGCGGAUGAUGAUGAGUUGGGAGACAUCGGGAUCGAGAAUAAAUACUACAAUGCCAAACAGAUGAAGGUAGACAACCCGGAGGAGGCGAUCGAUGAGUUCCUGGAAGUACCGGCUCUGGAGCAGGAGAAAGGCGAUUGGGGUUUUAAAGGGCUCAAGCAAGCAAUCAAACUGGAAUUCAAACUCGGACGAUAUAGCGAUGCGGUUGAACACUACAGAGAACUCCUUACUUAUGUCAAAUCGGCCGUCACACGAAACUAUUCCGAAAAAUCGAUCAACAACAUGCUGGAUUACAUUGAGAAAGGCUCGGACGACGACAAGGCCUACCAGUGCAUGGAAGAGUUCUAUUCGUUGACGCUACAUUCUUUCCAAAACACGAACAACGAGCGUUUGUGGCUGAAGACCAAUAUCAAACUGGCCCGCCUAUGGCUAGAACGCAAGGAGUACGGUCAACUGAGCAAGAAGGUGCGGGAGUUGCAUCGGGCAUGUCAACGGGAAGACGGGUCCGAUGAUCCCAGCAAAGGGACGUACCUACUGGAGUUAUACGCGCUGGAAAUACAAAUGUAUGCCGAGACCAAGAACAACAAACGGCUCAAGGCCCUGUAUCAGCGUGCGCUGCGCGUGCGGUCGGCUGUGCCACACCCUAAGAUCAUGGGCAUUAUCCGGGAAUGCGGAGGAAAGAUGCACAUGAGCGAGGAAAACUGGGAAGAGGCGCAGAGCGAUUUCUUUGAGUCAUUCCGCAACUACGACGAGGCGGGUUCGAUGCAACGUAUCCAGGUUCUGAAGUAUCUGGUGCUGACCACCAUGUUGAUGAAAUCCGACAUCAACCCCUUCCAUUCGCAAGAAACCAAGCCAUACAAGAGCGACCCCCGCAUCUCGGCUAUGACCGACCUCGUGGAUGCCUUCCAGCGAGAUGAUAUUCACGCAUAUGAAGCGGUUCUGAGCAAAAACCCGGAUGUCCUGGCGGAUCCGUUCAUCGCGGAGAAUAUCGACGAGGUCAGCCGAAACAUGCGAACCAAGGCCGUCCUCAAGCUGAUCGCCCCUUACACGAGGUUUACGCUGGCAUUUAUCUCCAAGCACAUUAAAAUCUCCAUCCCCGAGGUGCAGGACAUUCUGAGUUUCCUGAUCUUGGACAAGAAACUCAACGCGAAAAUUGACCAAGAAAAUGGAGCGGUUGUAGUGGAAAGCGCUAGUGACGUGGAUCGACUGCGGUCCCUUGAGGAGUGGAACGCAUCGCUUCGGACGCUUUGGCGGGCCACAUUAAAUGAUGGGGAAGGGUUCAGAACGGACGACACCUCUCAACUUCACGGGAUGAGAGGAGGAUCCCUCUUCCAAUCGGGAUUCGGCGACGAAGCACCACCUGCAGUGAGUUUACGUACUGGGCGCCGAUUACGGAGUGGGUGGAAGGGCAAAGGCUCAGGACACGGGAACAAGACUACUGCUACAGGUGCAGGCGGAUAUUAGGUGGAGGGGGUGUUAGUGUGUGUGUGUGUGUGUGUGUAUACGGAGUAUGUGUGACUGUGCAGGCAGUCUGUGGGCGUGGAAAGGAACAGACGUAAUCCUAGUUUACUGCAGAGUCUAAUAAUAAAAGAAACAUGAAAGAUGGGAAAGCACACGAACAAUCAAUCACUCCACCAAUCCAUUAGCUAUUUGUUUGAUUUAAACUGAGUGGCACUGCAACAAUCCCACAUACAUACAUGCACUUGCCAGCAAAGGAAAACAAGAAUCAAGUAAAAUAUGCAAAAAUGAAAUCCAAAAACUGAAAUUUCAACCAGGGACCAAAGGACACGCAAAAGAAAAUUCUGCAUGAUGCAUCUACUAAAGAGACAAAGUCAGGAGGAUCCAGCUUCAUCACUCAUCACCGUAACCAUCAUCCAUAGCUUUGCAGGAUGCAUUACUCCUCGGCGGUUCACGAUAGGACCAAAUCACCAGUUGUAGGAAGCCCAUGGUCCACACCUCUAGGGAGGGGGAUCCACAGAGACAACAUCCGCUGUGGGGACCCGAAUCCCACCUUCUCUCGGCGUUAGAAUGCCGUGUCGGUCGAAAUUGAACGAAGAGAAGAACGGAAGAAAAGAAAGGAGAAGCAGGUAGACCAAUA